AUGUCUGUUGCAGGAUGUGUUUCCAUUACCGAUGAGUGCAUCACCACAUUCAACGACUUUCGCAUGAGCGGUGGCAGCAAGGGAAGCAAGACGAAGUUCAUCAUCUUCAAGAUCGCCGACAACAAGAAGGAAGUUGUUGUCGAGGACGUUUCCCAGGAUGAGGACUACGAGGUCUUCCGCAGCAAGCUCGAUGCCGCCCGUGAUGCUAAGGGCAACCCCGCUCCCCGUUAUGCAGUUUAUGACGUCGAGUACGACCUGGGCGGUGGUGAAGGCAAGAGGAGCAAGAUCAUCUUCAUCUCUUGGGUUCCCAGCGACACCCCCACCCUCUGGUCCAUGAUCUACGCCAGCACUCGUGAGAACUUGAAGAACGCCCUCAACGUCCACAACUCCAUCCACGCUGACGACAAGUCUGACAUCGAGUGGAAGACCGUCCUGGCUGAGGCCAGCGGUGGCAAGGCUGGCAAAUAA